AUGAUGGCUUCGAACCCGCCACCAAAGAUCCUUCUGAGCGGAGCAACCGGCUACGUUGGCGGGUCUGUCCUCCACCACCUCCUCAAGCACCCUUCUCUCACCUCUAUCCUCACCUCUUCCUCUCCAAUCACGAUACCAGUCCGCGGCGGCCCAGACCGCGCAGCAAAACUUACGGACUCAUAUGGUUCACUUGUGAAGCCUGUGUCCAUCGUCUCGUACGACGAUACCUUGGCCCUGACAGCCCUUGCCUCUGAGCAUGACAUCGUGAUCAACGCAGGCUCGGGGUUUCACCCGCCCUCGGCAGAGGCCUUCGUUCGCGGUAUCGCUAAACGCAAGGAUCGGAACGGAGGACGACCGGUCUGGAUCAUUCACACGUCGGGCGCUUCCAAUAUCGCCGAUAAGCCCUUGACUGGAGUGAACAGGCCCAAUGCUGAAUAUGAGGACGCCUUUUCCGAGAAGGUGUAUGAGUUUGAAGAAGCCGAAAACGCCAAAGAUCCGUACCCUCAAAGAACCGCAGAACUAGCCGUGCUCCGAGUCGGGGACGAACUCGGCGUCAACGCAGUCAGUAUUCAAUCACCUUGCAUCUUCGGGCCCGGCUCAGGGCUCUUCAACAAGGCGGGGUUGAUGAUCCCCAUAAUGACGGGCUACGUGCUCAAAAACGGCUGUGGAUUGACGUUGGGUGAUGAGACGGGCUGUAUCGACUACGUUCACGUCUCCGACCUUGCGGACCUCUACGUUCUGUGUGUUCUAGACAUCAUCGAGCGUGGUGGGGUCAAUGUUCCCAAGGGCAAGAAGGGGAUUAUGUUCCCAGUUGUGGGCAGGACGUUGACGAUUGAUAUCCCGCGAAAGUGUCUUGAUAUCGCGUUUGCCACUGGAAAUCUUCCCAAGAAAGACGGACCGCGGGAGAAGAUUGUUAGGAACGUCAGCCUUGAGGAGGCGGCGGAGACGUGUGCUGGGGAUAUGGAUGUUACUGAGACUGGGUAUGCUGGGCAUCGUAAAACAAAAGGAACUGUGGCAAGGGAGAAGUUGGGGUGGAAGCCUGUGUAUGGGGAGGAAGCUUGGUGUAAAGACUUUGAGACGGAGUUGAGGGCUGCUUUGAAUGGGCAGAGGCCGCACACAAUGGGGAACUGUAUCGCUGGUACGAAGUGA